AGGGAGAAGCGACCGCGACGCCAUUCAACGGAUAGCGCGAAGCAAAAGGGGCGGCAGCAGCGGGGGCCAAGGGAAAUGGCGGGCAGCUCGUCUUUGCAGCCGAGAAUCCUCUCGUCCUUCGUGGGCGACGGCCUCAUUCGCUCCUGCCGGCCUCUCUACGGCCUCUUCCGUUAUGACCCAGGCCGCAAGCAUGUAUCAAUGCAAUUAUCGAGAACAUUUUCAAGCAUCACAAAUUUGUUAUUCAACAGGAGGACCCUAGAUGAAUUGUCAAACAGUAAGCGCAAACGCCUUCAGCCUGGUAAAUUAUCUCCCCGUCGUCCAGUUCCCGAUCACAUUAUGAAACCUCCAUAUGUAAAUUCCCAACAAGCACCAGGAAUUGCAAGUGGACCUGAAGUGCAUAACAAGGAAGGCAUAGAGUGCAUGAGGGCUUCUGGAAAGCUUGCAGCGCAGGUCCUCGAAUUUGCCGGGACUUUAGUGAAGCCAGGCGUUAGGACAGAUGAAAUUGAUGAAGCAGUUCACCAAAUGAUCAUUGACAGUGGGGCCUAUCCAUCACCCCUUGGUUAUGGCGGUUUUCCAAAAAGUGUUUGCACCUCAGUGAAUGAAUGCAUAUGCCAUGGAAUACCUGAUUCCCGUCCACUUGAGGAUGGUGAUAUAAUAAAUAUUGAUGUUACAGUAUACCUGAACGGAUAUCAUGGUGAUACAUCUGCAACUUUCUUUUGUGGAGAAGUCGAGGAAGAAGCCAAAAACCUAGUUCAGGUUACGAAGAAGUGCUUGGACAAGGCAAUAUCCAUAUGUGCACCUGGGGUGGAGUUCAAGAAAAUCGGCAGAACUAUUCAUGAUCAUGCAGAUAAACAUCGAUAUGGUGUUGUUCGGCAGUUCGUUGGGCACGGUGUUGGACGAGUUUUUCAUGCCGAUCCAGUCAUUUUGCACUUCAGGAACAAUGAAGAUGGUCGUAUGAGAUUAAAUCAGACCUUCACUAUUGAACCAAUGCUGACAAUAGGCAGCAUCAACCCCAUAAUGUGGGACGACAACUGGACGGUUGUGACUGAAGACGGAAGCCUCUCUGCGCAGUUUGAACACACAAUCUUGAUAACCGAGGACGGAGCCGAAAUACUGACAAAGUGUUAAGAACGAGGAUCACAUUUCCAAGAUAUGAUCGAGGCUUCUGUUGUUGUUCGGUGUUACAAUAAUUAGUUGGUUCGCUCUCAAAAAGAGAGCGUGACCUCAUCAUUUUUUGCUCUUUACCCAUAUUACUUGAAAUAUACGUGUGUAAUAUAACUUUGCUCGAUGUACUGUCAGCAUGUACAUUUUCUUACUGAAAUUUUCGUUUAACAUUCAUUUC